GAGCAGAACAUCCCAACGUGAAACAUAAUUUUCACGUGCAACAUUAAACAUAUCUGCUUCAAAUGGGAUUUAUAGUAAAGUUUUGAAGACCGUUUUGUCACACAAGUAGCAUUUUUCAACAGGCAUCAACACAGCCACCUACAAUUUAGAUACAUCUGCGGUGCGCACCGGUUUCAACCAGUUAAUUUAGCCACCAGUUAAUCCAUACCACCUGGACCGGUCCAGUUCAACAGACAGACAUUUAUGUUAGGGUCUUUGUGUUUGUGUGAAACUCAGUUUAAACUUUAAAUGAGUUGAUUUUCUGGAUGUUUCUGAGGUGAGCCCACCUGCUGCAGAUCCAACAUGGCUUCUGAGGCGUCUCCUCCAGGUGAGCAGGUGAAGAGGAGCAGCAGGAGGCAGCAGAAGAAGACAGGAGAGGUGGAGGACCGGACGUGGGCCGGCCACAGAGCGCUGCAGGCCGGGCGGCCGCAGGACGCCCUGCGCUACUUCAAGCAGGCCCUGCAGGCUGCUACACAGGUGAGUCAGCUGCAGGACUCGCGGGUUUUACGCGCCUGCUCCUUCAACCUGGGCGCCGCCUACGUGGAGGCGGGCCGACCUGGGACAGGACUAGACCUUCUGCGCCGGAACCGGCCCGGUCCAAAAGCUGAGCGGCUCCCGGACCUGCAGUUCAACACGGCGCUGGCCCACAAUGCACUGGGGCAGUACCAGGAGGCCGCCGCCCACUUCCUGCGGGCGGCUCAGCUUUAUCGGUCGCAGGGAGACGGAGGCAGCGAGGGCGACGCCUGCAUGGAGCUGGGCCGCUGCUGCAGCAGAACCCAGGUCAGAACUGGGACAGAACCACCUGAGUACCAGGACUGGGACUGGCCUCAGGCGGUGCAGAGUUUCCUCCGCGCAGCAGAGAGUUAUAAAAUGGCCUCCAUGUUGGAUUCUGCAGCCGCCGCCCUUAAAGAGGCAGGAAGUCACUUGGUCCAAUCAGAUCUGUCCAACCAUGAUGACAUCAGCAGGGUGCUGACAGAGUGUCUGAGUUUGAGCAGCAGCGUCAGCGACUCGAGCAUUCUGGGUGAGCUGUACCUGUCGGUGGGCGUGGCCUACUGCCGCAUCAGGUGCUUCCAGGAGGCGGUGAGCUGCCUCCGGCGAGCCUUGGAGCCGGCAGCUCAUCGCCCCCGCCUGCUGGCCAAAGUGCAGCAUAACCUGGGAGCGGCGCUUAACGCGGCGGGCGACUUCAGUUCAGCGGUGGCGCACCACCGGCUGGCCGCGCGGCUCUAUGGCUCUCAAGGUUGCCGUGGUGAUCAGGCUCGAUGUUUCAGUAACUUGGCCAUCGCCUGCAGUCACCUGGGGGAUGAGCAGGAGGCAGCAGAGAGCUUCAUCCUGGCUCUACAGGGAUUCAGAGACACAGGCGACCGCCUGGCUGAGGCCCAGGUGUGUGAGCAUCUGGCUGAGUGUUACCUGAGGCAGAAGAAACUGCAGAAAGCCGUUGAGCUCUACAAACAGGCUCUGAGCGCGCUCUCUCACUGCAAGAUCGUCGUGACCAAUCGGUGGUGUUGUUCUCAGGAGGCUGAAGGUGUUCAGGACCGGCUGGUGGAGCGUCUGACUGCGGCUCUGCAGCUCAGUCUGACUGCGACGCAGAGGCCACGCCCCCACAGGCCACACCCACAUCCGCCCCAGCCCCACAGCUCACCUGGUCACCAGGACGUCAGGAAGCUUGACGUAACACAACAUCUGGCAGCCAAUCAGCAUUUAGAUGAGCAAUGGGCGGAGUCUAAUAAAGGAGCAGAAGGUGAGAAGAGCUCAAGUAGACAGGCAGCGGCUGAUCCAGAGGGCGGAGUCACACCUGGACGACACCUCUCAGAACCAGCAGAGGAGCUGCAGCAAGGUGAGCUGUGGUUGGACAGAGCCAACCCUCAUACGGACAGUGAAGCUUCUUCACCUGAGCAGGCGGAGCCCCCCCCCUCCAGUUCAGGUGAUCUCAGGAAGUCUGGUUCACCUGAGGCCAGUUGGAGGUCCCGCCUCUGUUCUCUGAUGUAGUCUUCUGAUUGGACAGUG